GUCGGAGGAGCAACGCGAGCCGGUAUCGCAGCAGUUUAUUAGACAGGAACCCCAAAUAUUAAUUCGCUCGAUAUAGAUGAUAAUAAUAACGCGAGAGUUUGCAAGUUGCCUCAAGACUGUAGUUGCAACUGUCAAAGGUGGAGUGGAUACGCGCAUGACCCAACACACAUUACUGUAAUACUGUACACGGCCGCCGAGAUAAUAUCCGUAUAAAAAACCGAAAUAAUCCCGAGGUAAGGAACCAAGGACUGAACUAAAACCGACCGAGAUUUGUCGUUUCUGUUUAUUUUCCUUCGCUUCGUUUCCUUUUACUCUAACCAACUGUCUCGCAGCCGUCGAAAUUACUGCACUAAACAUAUUUUUGUGCCUCCCUUUAGCUCCAGCCAGCGCAAGGAUUUUUUUUUUUUUUUUUUUUUUUUUUACUCCUCCUUCGUAAUAAAGUCGCCAUUUUGCUUCACUGCCUAUAUAAACCAUCCCGUAUUCUAAUAUUUUUCCUCAAGGAGUCGGGGACCUACCUAUCUUUGGUGUCUAUUUCUGAUAUUUCUGGAGUGUUUAACGAGAAGGGUUGAAGAAGUGCCUCGUGGUAUACAUAUUAAUGCAGAAAAAAGGAGGAGGGGGCAAGGCUGUUGGAAACUGGGAAUAAGGUGAAAGUAUCCAGGAUUUCUGCUCCUCUACAGACCAAUUUUUUAAUUUCUCUUCUCCAGCCCUGCUCUUUUUUUUUUUCUUCCUCCUCGUCGUCGUCUGCAGAGAGUGGGGGGACCGAACGACGGUGACGGCUGUCCGCUUCCUUUCAGGCCCCCCAACCCCAGUCUGACCGGUCGUUGACGCACAGCAGGUGUGAUUGCCAUGUAACAUAACAUUGGUGGAAAAACGCCCACUUAGGUGCCUGUCUCCUGACCCCCUCCUCCCCUCACGUGGGUGACCCGGGGCCACCCUGCUCCUAGCUCUGGGUGACUGCCCGACACUUCAGGCAUGGAGAGCCCAAGUGGCCCCAGGCUCGGGAAGCUGUCCUCAUCAGGGCUGCCAAGGGCCCGGACCCUCAAGCAUGGACAUCCCCAGGAGCCUGUCAGACCCACACCCAGCCCUGAAAACAAUAACAAACAUAGUCCGGUGUGUGAUGAGCCAGCAGAGGGGAAGAGGAAAGGUCGUCCUAAAGCAGAAGUGCAGGAACUGAGAAGCAUCCCUGCCCAUAUGAUAGUACAAUGGAAGGAAGAGUUUAAGCGCCGCUCCAGGGUUAAGUGUCCGUGUUCAGGCUGCUGGUUAGAGUUUCCCAGCAUCUAUGGCGUCAAGUACCACUAUCAACGCUGCCAGGGGGCCACUGUAGCUGAGAAGCUGAGUCACGCCUGUCCCUACUGUGAGGCAGUGUUUGCCACAAAGGUUCGCCUGCAGAAGCACAAGCUAUGGAACCACCCAGACGGAGUUAGCAUGGAGCCCAAGGACGAGCAGCAAAAGCUUCAAAAGACCCCCGUCAAGUUCAACACCAAGAAAAGGCCCAUGGAGAACAGUCCCCCCUCUCCGGUGUUCUUCAAAGUGAAAAAGACGCACGAGGUGUCCACGCCCUCUCAGAACGGGGAGAUGGCCCACCAGAGGAGUGAGAGGAAACAGCACAGCCAUAAUCAGCCUUCACAGCAGAUUCACCAGUCCCAGCCGGUCCAGCCUCAGAGCCAGCAGUCGCAGUCCCAAAGUACGUCGUCUGACGCAGGGGGCAGUGAGAGCGAGGGUGGCAGCCUUCCCCCUUCUCUUCCCGAUGAAGACCCAGAGAGAAUGAGACACAGACGGAAGCAGAAAACACCGAAAAAGUUCACUGGAGAGCAGCCGUCUAUAUCUGGAACAUUUGGAUUGAAAGGUAUGACUAAAGUGGAGGAGAAGCUGAAGGCAGGUCGUGUGAAGAGAUCGGAGGGGAGUGGGCUCAACGAGGAGCCUCAGAGAAGACCGACUUCAAGUCAGUCCUCGAAGAAAGAUCACGCCACAACCAGCUCUGGGACUGUACCUGACACCCAAUGGCAGCGAAGCAUCUCAGAUAGAGGUGAAGUCGUGUGUCCCACCUGCUCCAUCGUCACCAGGAAAACAAUCCACGGCCUCAAGAAACACAUGGAGAUUUGUCAGAAGCUUCAGGACGCUCUGAAGUGCCAGCAGUGCCACAAACAGUUCAGGUCAAAGGCCGGCCUCAACUACCACACCAUGGCUGAACACAGCACCAAGCCCUCGGGGAGCGAAGGCCAGACGGGCGACAAACACGACGACAGGGAAAGGCUGCGCCGAGUACUCAAACAGAUGGGACGAAUCAAGUGUCCCAGUGAGGGCUGUUCAGCACACUUCUCCAGUCUAAUGGGCUUCCAGUACCACCAGAAACGCUGUGGAGGAGAGUUCUCUGAUGACGAGAAGCCUGUCUUUCUGUGCCAGCACUGUGGAAAAAAUUACCGCUCCAAAGCUGGCAGGGACUACCAUGUGCGUACCGAACACUUGCCGGCUAUGACCACCACAGUGACAGCUACCAACAGCAAGGACAACAUCACUGACACCAACAACAACACAGGGAAAGAGAGGGUAGUCUCUGAGGAAGCUCCGACAAUAAGCAAAAAGGAGCAAAGCCAGCCUGAGAAGCAGGAUUGGCAGGAGAAAGCACCAUCCAUCCAGCCUAAGGAGAAGGAAAGAGAAACCAGGGACUUGAACAGGGAAAAGGCAAAGGAGCACGAGCGGAAGAAAGACAAAGCAGCACAGAAUGAGAGCCAGGGGGACGACUUUGAACGGACCCCCAGUGGCAGAGUGAGGCGCCGGUCGGCUCAGGUGGCCGUGUUCCACCUGCAGGAGAUAGCAGAGGACGAGCUGGCAAAAGACUGGGGCACCAAGCGCCGCAUCAAAGAUGACCUGGUGCCUGAUAGCAAGAGGUUAAACUACACCCGUCCUGGCCUCCCAAACUUCAGCCCAGAGCUCUUAGAGACCUGGAAGAACCAAGUCAAGGAGAAGGGCUUCAUCUGCUGCAUCAAUGUGAACUGUGAGGCUGUCUAUUCAAGUGUGUCAGGACUAAAAGCGCAUCUCGCCAACUGCAGCCAGGGCGGGGGUGAACUUGGGAAGUACACUUGUCUGAUUUGCCAGAAGGAGUUCAGCUCAGAGAGCGGUGUGAAGUAUCACAUCAGUAAAACACACUCACAGAACUGGUUUCGAGCAGCAGCCACUCAAGUCGUGUCCAGUAGCAAGAGCAAAGUGCCAGAGGAGGAUGACGGGAUAAAAGCUGAAGUGAGGAACGGUGCCACAACCGGUAAGAAGAGGGGACGCAAGCCCAAAGAGCGCCCACCCGUCGAGGAGCCUCUCCAAACAAAGACUGAAGCAGCUUCUCCUACUCAAAACUCAGCCCCUGCAGGGAAUCCUUCCUCGGGCCCAACACAGUCUCCCACCUUGAUCCCUGACCCAACGGACAGUAACAAUUCAGGCCAAAACAGACAGCCAAUCCUCUCUACCCCCAGACGAAGCAAACCUAAGAGGCUGUGGUUUUCAGAGUAGCUCUGCUUUUGCCGACCCAGGAGCCAGAGAGGAUACUUACUGUAAAUGUUAUUGCCAGGAAGCUUAAAGACUUUUUCCAACUCUACAAGGACUUGGCACAGGGAAGAAAGUUAAAUCCACCGUAAGGAAGUGAGACAUUUAGAAAGGACUUCAAACCCUAGUUUUAAACCCCAGAGUCAAUGUGUCUACUGUUAUAUAAAUAAUACUUAUCUAACAGUAGUGUUCAUUUCGCCAUUCCACUUAUUUCUCCUCUAUAAGGCACACAUUUCAGUUGAUGCACUCACAGCAGGGGUAUCAGUAGUAAUCAAAGAUCUAAUCCUUCCUGCUUCAUGGAUAGCAUUUUCUAAACUGAGGUAACAUAGUAUUUCAAACAAAUGCAGAGAAAUUCAUGUCGUGUUCGAGAGGUUUUAAAAAGGAUAUUCUAUUAGCAUGGUGAAGUCAUUUAAUGAUAGCUAGAGUUUUCACAUUUUUUUACAGAUAUACUGUACUGUGUACAUAAACAAUAUCUAUCUCUAUAUAUCUAUAUACUCAAAACAAUGAUAUCUGUUAUUUCCAAGCCUGACACAUCCAAUUGGAACAUGAUCAAUCCAAAUGUUUGCAGUGUGUGCUGUAGUGCAAUUUUGUUUGGAUUUCUUUCUUUCUGGUUAAACUUUCAGUUUUUUUUUUUUUUUUUUUUCACUUUUCAUGUUUCCAGUCAGCAAACGUCAUAUAAGCUAAAAUGUUGGUCAGUUGUUCAUCAAAUUCCUCUCUGCUAUUCUUCUGCUUCUACGUAGCGAUCACUUCAGUGACGUUGGUUUUAUUUGAUUAGCAUCACAUCACGAUGAAGGUAUCUGCUUCGACAACCAUAAUUGUUAGAUGAUUUCCGCAGUUUUCUUUACACUGAAGUUGAUGGGCAGAAUUUAUAGAGUGAUCGUUUGAGAUUUCCAUCUAUAAAAUAUUAGUUACAAGGAUUCCUAAUAUGGCAUUGUUUAAUUGAUUUUAAACAAAAAAAACAAAACUUGAAGCAUUCUGUCUAAAAUCAGUCCGCUGAAGUGAAAUGUUGGACAGAUUGGAUGAAUUUUGCAUGAACCUUGUUGCACCAUUGCAGCACAAUCAAAUGAUGUGACACUAUUUUAAAGAAGGCCAUGUUUUGGCUACGGCUUUAGCUUGAAUCAAAGAGCUGAGGAGAGAAUAAAAUUACUAUCUUUUAUAGAGAGAUCAUCAAAAAAUAAUCUUUUAUUAAAUAGGGAAAAAAAUGCAAAUGAAGAUGAACUUAUAUUGAUGUAUAUGAAUUAUCUCCUGGAUGCUCAAAGCUAUUACCUUGCACUUUAACCCUUCUUACUCCCCUCUUGUAUCUUUUGCACUCCAGGGGUAUUCAUCCUAAUCUAGUGACUGUCAGGAAACAGGAACGUGAAGAUAUUUCGCUCUGAUGACAUAUUUUAACUAUAGGAAAACUCAAUUUGUCUUUACAUGAGUGUGAGCAGCAUGUUAAACUUUUUUUUUUUUUUUAGAUACUAUCUCUAAUCCAACAUGGUUGUAUGAUCAUGUCUCAACAUUAAGCCAUAACUGGUCUUUUUGAAACAAUAUUAUUUAAAAACAUUCAAAUCUAAAACUUGUGCAAUCAGAAUAUUAUCACUUGAACAUUUUGAAAGUAGAUACUUGAAUCCACAGUUAUUUUAACAAUUAGAGCAAAAUGAAAAACAGAAUAUAUUCAAUUAUAUUUGCAGCCUAUGUCACCAAUUAUAAUGACUAUGCUUGCAUAAAAAAAAAAACAGAAUUUAAAUCUAUUUUAUAUUCUCUUAAGUGUAUUACCUAGAUAGCAAUCUGAUAGCUUUGGAUGAAGUUGUGAUGUAUGGGUAUUCUGGUGCGUUUAUAAGGGUGCUUUACUUGCCACUCUACCUUAAGGACCUGAUACUAAAUCAUCCUGCCGUCUGCUCUUCACUGGCAAGGACUCUGAAUUUUGCACCAAAAAUAGUCAAAUGUCAUCAUGAAGAUGAAGCACUGAUGUCGGCAGGACAUGUUCAAGAAACAUUGAAUUUGAAAUGUAUGUGUCCCAGGUGGUGUUAUCCUUGCGCCGUGACCUUUUAUAUUGUAAAGCAGAGAUCUGAGCUGAAUCCCUCCAUUAUUAAUCAACUGAUGGAGUUUAUUCAGGUGGGGAUGAUUAUGCAUGAGUCUGUCCCCGUGAGCGGGACGGACCUUUUAUCUUCUAUUCAGGUUAAACUGAUGGAGGGGAUAAGUUAGACAAGUACUGAUUGGUCUUCGGAUCUUUUUCCGAUACAACCGAGCGACACGAGUUGUCCAGGCUUUGUGUGUGUGUGUGUGUGUGUGUGCGUGUGUGAGUGAGUGUGUGCAUAAAACAGUUAGCACCUUUAUAAUGACUGGACGUCGGAAAUGUUAACACUUUUUUUGUUGAGUGUUAUGCUGUGGCACAGAAUCAGUUCAUCAGCUGCUUGUAACUCGUUUCAUUGAUAACGUCACAUUGACUGUGUUUACCUGACAAGCUUUGGUGUUGCAAUAUGAUAGUUGAGCACUGCUUUUAACAGUGGGUAUUUUAUAUUUUAUCACACCCUUUACGAUCUGUCUUCCUAUGAUGUGGAAAACACAUAUCUACCCUACGGCAGUGUGCGCUAACUGCAUCAUGUUUAGAGAGUACAGCAAUACACCAUUUUAGCUGGUUUUGUUUGCUUGCUGAUAUUUUGAUAUUAAUGUGUCUUCUCAGAAUCGUAUGGCUUUUUUUUCACCUCCCCUACUUUUAUUUGUUUGCUUAAAAAAAUGUUUUUUACAUGUUAUGAAAUCUGAAAAAAAAAGGUUGAAGAAAUUUGUAGACUACAAAGAACAUUGUAGGCAGACGUGUCUGCACACACUGUUAUUUUAUCCAUUUUGAUGAUGCACAUAAACUGAGCUUUUUCAGUACACAAUGACAAACACAUUGAGAGAGUCCUUUAUUAUGACAUAUUCAAUAUGGGACAACAAGGCAUAUGUAUGUGUGUUUGUUUCUGUAUUUAGUGCACUUACUAUACCAUGAAAUAGGCUUGAAAUAGGAGUGUUGUUGGAGCUUUCUAGUUACCCUGACUGUGUGUGGUGUGACUUUUGUACCUGGGGAAACAGCAGGCUCAAGUGUCUUCCCUUUGUCAGCAAUGUUCAUUCUGAAAUCAAGGUUAAUCCUUAGAAAUCCCCUUAGACAGCCUGAUAACUUUAUCCUUUUUAUUUGGACAACAGAUGUUUGUUUUGUAUGCUACCUUCUUCAACACGGUAUCUGCUCUCUUGUAGGGGGCCAUUGUGAUGAAACUGUUAAGAGUUUAAUGAGAUGAUGUUGUAGCUCAUAACUGGUUAUGAUAUAUAGGUAACAGGUGAAAUGAGACUAAUGAUGUAUUAAAGACUUCCAUAUCUGAAAUUAUGAUGUAUAGAACCUAACAUAGGAGGCGGUAAUGUCUCCUUUGAGUCUGAACUGUUACAAUUUUUCUCCCAAACUUGUUGUAUUACCUGUGCGUAAGUAUCCCUCAACUAAUUAAUAAAGGUUUGUUGACUACA